UUGGAUGGAAUGGGGCUAGCCAGAAACUAGCACCGAGCUUUGAAUUGAAUUUGAAGUUUUGCGAAAAGAUAGCCGCAGCUUGUCAGAGAGAUUAAUAGAGAGCGGAGUGAAAUGAAACGCGAUGUCCGGAUACUGCUGUUGGGGGAACCCAAAGUGGGGAAGACCUCUCUCAUCAUGUCUCUGGUCGGAGAGGAGUUUCCAGAGCAGGUUCCCCUCCGAGCAGAAGAGAUCACCAUACCAGCCGACGUCACGCCUGAGAAAGUGCCCACACAUAUAGUCGACUAUUCAGAAAGUGAACAGUCCGAGGAAGUUUUGCGGGAGGAAGUCGUAAAGGCCAAUGUUGUGUGUGUGGUUUAUGACGUCACACAAGAGGAAACUAUUGACAAGAUCAGGACUAAAUGGAUUCCUCUGGUGAACGGUGGCGCUGAGAAAGGAAGCAAGAUUCCCAUCAUCCUCGUGGGCAACAAGUCCGACCUUCGCUCUGGCAGCUCCAUGGAAACCAUUCUGCCGAUCAUGAACCAGUUUUCAGAGAUCGAGACCUGUGUAGAGUGCUCAGCUAAGAAUCUGAAGAAUAUUUCGGAGCUCUUUUAUUAUGCCCAGAAGGCCGUUCUGCAUCCGACUGCUCCGCUCUACGACCCUGAAGACAAACAGCUGAAGUCGCAGUGUGGAGCUCUGAGCCGGAUCUUCAGCAUCUCUGAUCAGGACAAUGAUCACAUACUCAGUGACGCUGAACUCAACUGCUUUCAGAAAUUGUGUUUCGGGAACCCGCUGGCUCCUCAGGCUCUAGAGGACGUGAAGACGGUCGUGUGGAAAAACACCAGCGACGGCGUCCAGGACAACGGCCUCACGCUCAACGGUUUCUUGUUCUUGAACACUCUGUUCAUCCAGAGGGGACGUCACGAGACCACCUGGACCAUCCUGCGCAAAUUCGGCUACGAUGACACGCUGGAGUUGACCGAUGACUACCUCUACCCGCCGUUACGAGUGUCGGUGGGCUGCACGACGGAGCUGAAUCAUCUGGGUCAUCAGUUCCUCCAGAAGCUGUUUGAUAAGUAUGACGAGGAUAAGGAUUCGGCUCUCUCUCCCGCAGAGUUGAAGAAUCUGUUUAGUGUUUUACCCUACAUGCCCUGGGGCCCGGAGGUGUACAGUAACGUCCCUUUAUCAGACGACAGCUACAUCUCACAGCACGGGUACUUCUGCCAGUGGAUGUUAUCCUCUUAUCUGGAUGUCCACCGUUGUUUGGAGCAUCUCGGUCACCUCGGGUAUCCCAUUCUAAUGGAGCGAGAGUCGCAGACCUCCGCCAUCACGGUGACUAGAGAAAAGGCAUUAGAUCUGGAGAAGAGACAAACCCAGCGCACUGUGUUCCUCUGCAAAGUGAUUGGUCCACGCGGGACAGGAAAGACAGACUUCCUCCGGGCUUUUCUGCAGCGAAGCACUGAGAGAAACGAGCGCGAGCCCGGUCCCCCCGCGUUAUACGCCGUCAACACGGUCUCGAUAGCCAAUCAGGACAAGUACCUCAUCCUGGAGGAGGUGGACGUGGAAACGGAGUUCCUGAAAGCAGCGGAUGCAGCGUGUGAUGUGGCGUGUCUCAUGUAUGAUGUCAGCGACCCGGACUCCUUCAACUACUGCGCUAGUAUUUAUAAGCAGCAUUACAUGGACAGUGGGAUCCCGUGCGUCGUGGUGGGCUCCAAAGCUGAUCUGAUGGAAGUCAAGCAGCAUCACGGGAUGAGCCCGUCUGAGUUUUGUUACAAACAUCGUCUGCCUUCGCCUCUCCGUUUCUCCGCGCUGCUCACACACACUCACACGCACAUCUACAGCAAGCUCACCUGGGCUGCCAUGUACCCGCACCUGAAUGGAUCGGACAUGAGCAGCACGUCUUUCUGGCUGCGCGUGACUCUGGGCGCCACAAUAGCCGCCAUGCUGGGCUUCGCUCUGUACAGAGCCUUCAGCCGACACAAAUGAUGCAGACGCUUGCGCUCACAGCAAAACAUGCAGAUAAACACACACUCCCCGGUUUCCUGCGCUCUGUCUUGGCCUUACCGAGUCACUGUGGCUUAACAAGGGCGUGAAGCUCUGCCGGUUACAGUGACAACAAAACAAUUAAGCAGACGUUUGUUUGUUUGUUUGUUUCUUCUCAGCUGGACUAAAGUAUCACACGCAUCUUUGCUUUUAUUACAAAACGUUGGACCGACAUUGGCCGACCCGCCGAGAGGCAUUUUGUUCAUCAUGUUUUGAAGGGAACAAUAUCAGGAAAUGAUUUAGAUCGAGUUGUACAGAGUUUGUAAUGUAUUUAAUAGCUUGGGAAAUCAACGUGGAUCGUAAAUGUGUUCCGUGUGAAUUCGUAUUCUGUUUCUGAAGCGUGCGAUCAAAGCGAAUGGGUGCCGUCAGAACGAGAGCGCAAGCAGCCGAUUUAAAAACUGCUCAACUUUAAACCAUCAUCAUCUGUGAAAAAUCUAUCCUCUGUCGUCCUCUCAGCAAAAUGCACACAUGCAUAUGAUUAGCCCCGUUUCGGCUCGUAAACGGUGGUUAAUCUGUGCAUGUUUCUCUCCUGAUUCAGACGAGAUGUGCUUUGCACGGAAGGAAGCAUUGUUAUGGAUAGUGUAUUCAGAAACAAAGAAAAAAAAUAUUAAUUAUAGAUUUAUUACAAAUAUACAAGCAUGCAUCAUUUGUGCAUUAUGUUUGUAUUAGCUGUUUGGACUCUCUUUCUGGUGGCACCCAUUCACUCCAGAGCAUCCAUUACUGAAAAUAAUCAUUUUUUUCACAAGUGCAUCUUCUAAAUUGCCCGAAACAUCAAACCCCAUUCAUUUCCGUUUCAUAUUCUUCAGAUGGACAUUAUGUUUGGACCAUAACUGACCAAUGCACUUUUUUCUUUUUCUUUUUUAAGACAGCCAAGGCAAAACCCAUUGAUCAUUUCGAGGAUAGUUGAACUGGACCGAAACUUGCAAAAUCUCGCUUUUCUCUUCGCCUGCACUGAUUGUACUGAUUUCUGGUUAUGUUUAGGGGACGGAUGGCGCUGGAAUUGUAUUUUAAAGGCUGUUUUAGGAAGACGAAUCGCUCUGAUGCUCUUUAGAGUCAUACUGUAGUUACAAAAACCAUUAUGAUAAACGGAAAUGGUCAGGAUGGACAGUAAAAAAAAAUGACCUGGCUGACUGGAUGGCUAAUAUUACCCAAAUUGAUCUCGAAAACAUUGUUACCUUUUAUUUCAGCCUAAAAAACCGUUCUCCCAGCGACCCAAAAAGCCAGUUUCAGGGCUGAGGGGGUUUCUGGCUCAUUUACAUGAAUUGGCAUGUUAAGAUAUUCCUUAAAAAAGAAAGAAGCGGCCGUGGAAGUCAUGAAUUAUCGGUUUUAAUUUUUAUAAUUACAAUAUUUUGUUCAGUAUUAAUGCCCAGUAUUACCCCCCCCAGGCUUGUUUCUCAUCGGCCGUGGUCUUCCAGCUUCAACAGAGAAUGAGAUGCUUGGAUUAAAGCCAGUAUGUUCUCAUAGAAAUAUUUUGUAAUAAACUAGCUUUUUCUGGUGA